CUGUAGCGCCACACUGUACCUCAGAAACACGUGACUGAACUGGACUGAACAUUCACUCAUUCGACCACGGAAAGGAGAGAGGGGCCGAUCUGCUUGGUCUGUUAGUACUCUGGACCCUGCGUUCACUCUCGGUCUGCGUGCACUGUGUGGACAUGGCUGUCCGCCUGUUUGAGGGGAAAGAACAUGCAUCCUCAUACUUAAAAUACAGAGUGACCCCCCCUGAAGAGCUCAUCACCAAGAUCCUGACCUUCCUGAAGACACACAACGGUUCUCUGUGUGAGCUCGCUGUGGAUGUGGGCUGUGGGUCGGGUUAGGGCACAGCCCUGCUUGCACCACACUUCACCCAGGUGGUGGGAACAGACAUCAGCCCUGCUCAGCUGGAGCAGGCCGUGAAACACAACUCUGCCCCGAACAUCUCCUACAGAGAGUGUCCUGCCGAGGAGUUGCCUUUUAAAGAUGGUUCAGUAGAUCUUGUGACCGUCUUUUCCGCCUUCCACUGGUUCGACCAACCCCGCUUUCUUCAGGAAGCUGACAGGAUACUGAAGCCCAGGGCCUGCCUAGCCUUCCUGAACUACAGUAUGGACAUAGAGCUCAGCUAUGGAGACUGCUCCAAGGAGCUGAACCACAUUUGCCAGGAGUUUCACAAUGUCCUGCUGUCUCAUCAACACUCGUACCUCGGCCCCGGCUCCAGGGUGUUGUAUGAACAGACCUAUAACUCUCUGCAGUACCCAGCGAAGGAAUGGGAGCCCAGUUAUUGGGUGAGGCAUGUUGUCCCUCUCUCUAGAUACAUUGGCAUGGUGGAAUCGUUCUCCUCCUACCAGCUGCUCCUAGAGAAGGACCCAGAGGAGGCCCGCAGACUGUCCACAGACAUCACUCAGAGACUCUUGUCUGUGAUGAAAGUGACGUCCAUUGAAACGCAGGUCACCAUGGCAGUCCACUACUUUUACGUUCUGGCCUGCAAGCCCUCAGCUCAGUGAUUCUUCCCUGAUUGAGUAGCUCUCAGAUUUUUCCUCUGCUGUUCUUGACACGCACUUGAAUAUUAAAAUAUAGUCUACAUCAAA